ACAAAAUGGCGUCGCUGAACCCGAACAACGAACACAGAGCAAAAAUGAUCUCAGAACUCAUGUCAGAUAAAGAAAACCUGCUUGCUGGGGUUAAUUCAGUCUUAACACCAGGUAGAAGACCCUUAAAGCCUGUUCAAGAAAACACAGUUAUAACACCAGAAGUAUUCAGUAACUUGAAGAAAAGAAUCGUUAGAACUUCACUCACUCCAAGCGGUUUGAGUCAGAAAAGCAAGACGAAGUCAAAAAGGCUAAGCAUUCCCGUCCAUGUGUUUAGGAAGAAUUUAAAACAAAAUACAAAGGUCAGAAAGCCUUUUUCGCUUCCAUUAAGCUUUUCCAAAGUUGAAGAGGAGAAAAUUACUGAAGAGAGUCCUAAAUGUGAAACAGAAAUUCCUGAUAGUGGGAAGCACAAGUCAGUAGUUGAAGAAGUUGUUGAAAAUGUCGAACAGAGUCCAGAAAAAAAUGAAGAAAAAGAAGAAGAAAAAGAACUUGAUUUAUUAGCUGAGAGUGUUGUAAAGCAAGUAUUCAAGGACAUUGCAGACAGCACUAAGAAGAACCUGGAAAAAGAAUCCUAUGAAAGAAAGAUCCAAGAAUUCACUCAAAUCAUACUACAGAUGAACAAGGAGCGUUUGGACCUCGAAAAACAACUUUCUGUUUACAAGAAAGAACAAGUGCAACCAUCAAGAACUAAAGAAAAAAGUGCAAAUGCAAAAGAUAAGAGAUACAAGGAGAGCAAAAAUAAUUUGGGCCUAGAGAAAAAGUUAUCUCAAAAGACAAAAGAAAUUCAGCAGCUUAAAAGAGAACUGCAGCAAGCACAACCUGGAGGAAAGAAAUCCAAAGCUCAUCCAGAAAAAGAACUAGAAGCAAAAAAAGAAGAGGUCAAACAACUUAAAAUAGAGCUGAACCAACUUCAGCAUCAAGUUCGGGAAGUUCCUGGGCUAAAAAAUGAAUUGCAAAAAAGUCGACAGCAGGUAUCACAGCUCAAUGACAUCUCCUUUGCUUGCCGAAGAGAGAAUAAUAACCAGAAAACCUUGAUAGCAAAGAUACAAAAAGAGCUGACGUCAAAAGAAACUAGAGCAAACAAACAUCUUGAGGAAUGUGAGAAAAACACCAAGGCACUACAGAAUGAAUUGAGUGAAAAGAAGAAAAUGGUACUGAAGCUGAGUGAGACGGCCCAAAAAUUUGAACAUGAGAUUAAGAUGUAUAAGAUACAAAGUGACAAUAUAUGUCGUGUUGUUGAGCGGCUUGAGGCUGUUGCCAUAAAGGCUCAGAACUUCAAAUCUGCAGCAGAGCGUAAGGUCAAGGAUCUGUCAAGUUCUCUCAAUGCCAAGGAACAACUGUGCAAGAGCCUCAAAGAGCAACUAGAAAGCUCAAGGAAUGAAUCCACAACAUACAUGCAAGAAUGCGAGCAUUUAAAAGCACAAGUCAAUGCUCUGAAUCAUGAAGUAGAUGUUGGUCAUCUAGAGAUCUCCAGGCAACAAGGAGUGAUAACUUCCCUUGAAGAACGGCUGGAGAAGUUGAGAGUGGAAAAUUGCCAGUAUCAGGAUCAACUGGAGCUGGUCCAGGUGCAACAACAAGAAAUUAACGAGUUCAUGGAAGAAGAAAAGAGAACCCUUGAAGAAACCACAAGGGAAAUGGAAAAAGAGCUGGAGGAGACGAGGCACAAGGGGAUGAAACUGGAUGAGACAUUCAGAGAAACAACAGUCAGAUGUGUGGAAUUGGAGCACGAAGUCAAGCUAUCAAGGGGACUUUAUUUAGAGAAACAAGAUGAGCUGGAUGCCACACAGUCUCAGGCUCACUGUAUCAUGUUUCAAUUACAAAAUGAAAUAACUGAUGCUCAGGAAGCUAUAGGUGAAAUCUGGGGUGUUUUAGAUGCUCUUUUGAUGAGAUUUAGAGAAGAAGCAAAGCUGGGUUGUUUUGAGGCCCACAAUCAGAAUGUUAAUGAAGAAGAGAAAUGUCACACACAAGCUCCUGCACCAAGAUCUCUUGUCCAAAGUGUUCUAUCUGCUGUCGCCAAGGGAAGUAUACCAGAGGGCCCAGAAGAUUCAUAUAAUGACGACCAACCCUCGUUUACACUUUGCUCCCAGAUAAGUGAGUUAAAGCAAGGUUUGUUGGAACUGGCUCAGAUUGGGCAUGGACAAUCGGCAUCAGAGGAGGCAAGACAGAAGAUUGCUGAACUAGAGCAAAACAGUAAGAGUAUGGAGCUGUCAAACAAACGGUUGGUUCACAGCCUACAAAGUGAGCUAGAUACUUGCCGUGCUCGUGAAUCUGACAUGCAGGAAGAUAUGGAAAGACAGAACAACGAGAUAGACUAUCUGAACAACACUCUGGACAACACAAAAGAACAACUAAAGCAAACCAUGAGGGAGAAUCAUUCACUGAGUCACUUACUUGAUGUAGAAGCUGAACAAAAACAGACAAUAAAGAACUUAAAAGAGGAAUUAAAUCACAAAGAAGACGAGUACGACAAGCUAAAGUCAGAAAAAGAAUGCGUACUACAACAGCUGAGUGAAACAAUUGAAAAAGUGAAUGAGCUGUGUUCUAAUCCAGCCAAUCAGACCAGCCUGCCUGGCAAAAUAUUGGAGGAAAAGUUUUCCAUGGAAAGAAAGUUGAAGCAGAUCAAAGAGAAAUACCUCGAAUAUCGGUUUAAAACUGACGAUACCUUGAACCAACAAAAAAUAGCAAAUAAUCAAAAGGUUUAUAAUUUGGAACGAAACUUGAAUAAAGCAGAAACAGAAAUUUGCCGGCUGGACGAGAUUCUUGAGAAGAUUAGAAUAGUUCUUCACAAAAACCAAGCAGUUGUCGAAGGUUGUCCACCGUUAUCCAAAGUCAUGAGAUUUUUAGACGGCGAUGAAGCAAGCGAUCACUAAGUGAAAAUACUUCACUACCGGUAGAUGUUAGUUCGUAGAAAAAUAGUUUUUAAGAAACUUCUUUGUUUUAUUUUUAGACAUUGUGUCAUUUGUUUCGGGAGAGGGAUGGCUAGAUGGCUGGGAAAAGCGCUACGGUACUUGAAUGGCUUUCCCUAAAGUCAUAGUUCUAUGGAAAACGCAUAAAUUGUAUAUAAACAUAUAUCUUGAAAAAGUAACGAAACAUAAAGUGGCUUUUAAUGAAAA